AUGAAGACGAUAGUCUCGACUACAAGCGUCACGUGCUUAUCGAGGAGAUACCAACCGCAUCAUCAUCAUCAUCACGCCACCUCAAUCAACAGGAUGACUUCUACCACUCAAAAUUCCUCUUCGUCUUCUUCUUCUUCUUCGAAGCUCCGUCAGUUUAUCCAUAAAUUCACGUCGCUGUCGUCGUCACCUUCGAAGCAAACGAACAACAACAGUAUUCUUCCGCAGAGACGACAGGUGACGACGACCGCGGCGAGCGCUACUUCGGAUGGUAAUAAUGGGAAGAAUAAUGAUCACGAAGAAGCGUCGACGAAGUAUAAAAUCCCUCCGGACGACAUCUCCGUAUUCGUCACGCGUCCAGAUGCGCCGUCGAUUUCGUUGUCUCCCAGUCGAACGCAAGUGUUGUAUUCGCACAAGCCGAAAGAUAAUCCACCGGUGGCAGAAUUGGCGAGAAAAGAGCUCAAAUUAGGAGGGAUCCGCAUAGAUACGAAGCAGAACUCGAGUUCGAGGAUGGGACACACGGUGAAGUUGUCGAUUGGGAAGUUUCCGAAGACGGAAGCGGACAUCGGCGCGUACGAAGACAUCACGGGUCUGCCCGAGAACGGGUUGAUUAACUUUGUGAGUUGGUCACCGAACGGGAAGAAGUUGGCGUUUACGGUCAGAUUCCACGGCGACGAACACGAGGACGAGGACGAGAGUCCAUCGUCUUCGGCGACGGGGAGGAAGCCGCUCGAGUUGUGGAUCGCGGAUGUGGCGACGAAAUCGGCGCAGAAAAUCACCUCGUUGGCGGAAAACUACCAACUGAACACGAUUUUUGAAUCCUACUCGUGGUUGAACGAUGACGAGUUGUUGUGUUGCGUCAUUCCUAAAGAUCGUCCGAAAAACGCACCGAAGAGACCGAAAACGCCGCUCGGGCCGAGAAUCGAGAGUAACGUGGCCGGGAACGUGCGUCAGGCACGAACGUACGCAGAUUUGUUGAAGAACGAUACGGAUGAGAAAUUGUUUGAGUAUUAUUGCGAAUCACAAUUAGUUAAAACGAACAUUAAAACGAACAAAACGACAAUGUGGUGUAACGGCGAGAAGAAGAUAUUCACGCGCGUUGACCCGAGUCCGUGUGGGAAGUAUGUCAUUUUAGAGUGCUUGAAGCGUCCGUUCUCGUACGCCGUGCCGUGCGGCAGAUUCCCGAAGAAAGUCUGGGUAGCCGAAGCGUCGACGGAUAAGUUCUUGAGAGAAAUUUGCGACUUGCCUUUGGCGGAGAACAUUCCGAUCGUUUCCAAUUCGACGCGCGUCGGACCGCGAGGUGUGAAUUGGCGUCCGGAUAAAGAGGCGACGUUGUAUUGGACGGAAUGCCAAGACGAGGGCGAUCCAAGAAACGAAGUUGGCGAGGGCAAUCCUAGAGACAUUUCGUAUUUGGUUGAUUUUACGAAACCAACCGCAGAAACGGAUGCGCCGAAAGCAUUCUAUAAAUCUGGGUUACGAUUAAGCGGUUACGCGUGGGGAUGCGACGAUUUAUCCAUCGCGUACGAGAAUUGGUACAAGACGCGCACGUCGAGAGUCGCGCCUUUCUCUCCCAAGGAAAACGCCGAGAAGGAUUCCUACGCAUCGACUCCGAUCAGCGAUGAGGAGAAGCAAAACAUACUCUGGGAAAGAAACUACGAGGACAGUUACGGCGAUCCAGGAGGAUUUGUGACGAGACGAACGGAUUUGGGGACGUACGUCCUCGCGCGCGUGGAAGGCGAAACGCCGUUGGGCGAAGGCACGGCGACUGGAAAGACUGGUGCAAAAUUACUGUUACAAGGUUCCGGAGCAAACCCGAAAGGAAACAGACCGUUCUUUGACAUUUUUGACGUCGAUACGGGUAAAGCGAAAAGGUUGUGGCGUUCGCCAAAGAAGGAGAAAUUAUUCUCGUGCGGCAGUUUGCUUUCGGAUUAUGGUGAAAACGGCGAAGAGCAGAUUACUUUGCAAACGAUGCGCAUAUUGACGACGAAACAAUCGCCGUCGGAAUACGUCCAAUAUUACGAAACAUCCUUCGAUUACAAGAGCGGCGAAGAUGCGAAAUAUGCGCUCAAUACCGACAACGGUGAUUCGAACAUCGUAGAAGAGUUUGAAAAAGAACGAGUGGAAGGCCCGUGCAUGUUGCCGGUGAGGGAGACCAAAAUAUCGAAUUUCCCGCAUCCGCACCCGCAACUAUCCGAUCCUCCCAAGGAAAUCAUCAAGUAUAAAAGAGACGACGGCGUUGAGCUAAACGGGACUUUAUACACCCCACCUGGGUACGAUGCUAAAAGAGACGGUCCGCUUCCUUUGUUAAUUUGGGCGUACCCGAGAGAAUUCAAAAAUGCAGAAUCAGCGUCUCAGUUGCGAGAAUCGCCGUUUAGAUUCACAGGCAUCUCUCCGCAAUCCUCUCUCGUAUGGUUAGCGAGAGGAUAUGCAGUCUUGGACGGUCCAGCACUUCCCAUCAUCGCCCAAGGUGACGACGACGAUGCCGAACCAAACGACACGUACGUGCAACAAUUGGUCGCCGGGGCGAAAGCGGCGGUGGACGAAGUCGUUCGAAGAGGCGUAGCGGAUAAAGAUCGCGUCGCGGUUGGCGGGCAUUCGUACGGAGCUUUUAUGGCUGCAAACUUACUCGCACACGCUCCCGAUUUGUUUUGUUGCGCAGUCGCGCGAAGUGGUGCCUACAAUCGAACGUUAACGCCUUUCGGGUUCCAAGCGGAAGAGCGCUCCUUUUGGGAAGCGCCUGAUGUCUAUUCUAAAAUGUCACCAUUUAACAACGCGCAUUUGGUGAAGAAACCUAUAUUAUUAAUCCAUGGUGAAGACGAUCCGAAUUCGGGAACGAAUGUCAUGCAAUCGGAAAGAUUUUUUGCGGCUCUGAAAGGGAACGGCGCGCAAGCAAAAUUAGUCGUUUUACCGCACGAGAAUCACGGGUAUCGCGGCUUGGAGUCGGUGUUGCACGUCAUGGCGGAAACGAGCGAGUGGUUGGACGAGCACUGCAAGGUAAAGAGAGUGUAA